AUGUCGUCCGUUGACUCGGAGAGACUGGCGGCCUCCAUCCGCGCACUCGCCAGCAGCCGCGACGAGCGCAUCGCCUUCGUGACAGAGGGGGUGAAGCAGGCGAAGGAGUUGCAGGGCAAAAGUGUGCAGGAGUAUGAAAUGGUCGUUUCCUCACUGCUGAUGUGCCUGGAGAGCUUUGAGGUGGUGCACGGCACGUCGGUUGAUGUGUUUUGCGAACUCACUGUGCUUGACAUUCUGCUGAGCCUAGACCUAUCCGUCAUCCAGCUGUCGCAGUGCAACAGCUACUUGCGCCUUUGUCUCAUGGCGGUGAAUGAGAUUCCCGUCGCUGUUGCAGCCGCCAAGACGUUCGCGCAGACGCUCAGCUACAGCAUGACAACAGACUUUGUGCGGACUCAAAUCGGAGAGACGCUCGAGUGGAUUGCGCUGUCCGACGCCAAGUCACAGCCUCGUCGUAUUUGUAGCAUUUUGGUGCUCACGGAGGUGGCGUUGCGCAUACCAAUGGUGAUUCUGCCGCGCCUCUCUGAGGUGUUUGACAGGGUUUGGGAUUGCCUGGCGGAGCACGAUGAGGAGGUCCGCUCGCGUGCUUUGAGUCUCUUCACGCUAUGCGCAAAGCUGUUGGUCAACCGCCCCGCCACUAUCCGUGCUGAAACCUGCGACACAUUGAUGUCACACCUGAAAGCCAACCUCGUCUCAAAAUCGAAGGACAAACGCAUUGCCGGUCUUCUUGCAUUCGAGCCUAUCGUGAUCAACUCGAUCGGCACCAGCAGCGUUCGUUACGAAGAUCUCUCCGCCCUUCUAGCCCCGUACAUCAUGGGAGACGGAGCGAACGUCAACGCCGACAUUAGCGGGCUCCUGUGCCGCUGUCUGGUGGUGCUCUGCCGCUUCAGCGCACCACAGUUUGUCACCAAACAGCUCAAGGACACCGUGCGCUUUGCGCUGGACUCCAUCAACCGCAACACAGGGCGGAACACCGCCUUCGACAUGCUCUCAGAGAUCAUCCCGAUUGUAGGCAAGGCAGAGUUUGCGCCGUUUGUGGAGGACACGUGUGAAGUUAUCAAGAACAUUUUCGUGCAAUCCCCGAGCCCGUGCUGGAAGGCGCUGCAGUGCUUCUGUAUAAUUUGCAGAGAUUGCAGGCCGUCCAAGAUGGAGACGUAUGUAGACUCGUGCAUCGAAAGCGUCUUUGGGUGGGGACUUUCCGCGGAGCUGAUCGAGUGCAUGCGCACUAUCAUCGAGUCAUCUGGCGCCCAGUACCGCGCAAAACUGGAAGAGUCACUGCUGGACAUGAUUUCCGUCACACUAUGCGGUCUGCCAUUUCGGCAGCAGAUCAACGCACCGCGCGUUAGUGGGAGCUCUGCGGAUGUUGGCGCCUCCGAGUAUCAGAUCUCUGUCGCCCUCAACGCCCUCAAACAGUUCGGUUUCUCCAACUCGGAGCUCAUGGGUGACUUUCUGCGAGUCUCGGUGCUGCCUUUCAUCGACAACAGCAGCGUCGCUGUGCGUAACGCGGCCAUCUAUACCAUUGUAAAGCUCCUCAUUCCCCCUGGUGAGAAAGGCGACCUCAGCAUCGCGCGGCGCAUGUGCGUAAACACCAUCAUUACGCGCAUGCUGGUUGUCGGGUUGUCGGACCCCAACCCCGUGGUGCGUCAUACCAUUCUAAGUGCUUUUACAGAGAACUUUUAUCCAUACCUUAGUGAGCAGCAGUAUCUCUUUCGUUUCUACUCGGCCCUGGGUGACGAGUCAAUCAACUGUCGCGUGGCGGCGACAGAGCAGCUGUGCCAGAUGAUCCGCUACGACCCAUCUCACAUUCUACCUGCGCUACGUGAGGAAAUGGUCGUGAUUCUGAACUUCAUCACGUCUACCUUCAAUAUGGACACCGUCCAAAACGGCUUCCGCCUCCUCGCCGCAAUCGCAACGCGCGCGCCGCAGAUCGUGGUGAACUUCACGGACGGGAUUUGCGAGGCGCUCCUGCCGUACUUUAGCACUCUUUCUGCCCGUUCCGGCAUUCUCUUGUCGUUCCUGCACUGUUGCACAGCCGUCGCGGCGGCGAUCAGGAAGUUUGGCAGCACCCUUCUCUCCUCCCAACGGGAGGUUGCCCUCGUGUGCGAGCUGCUGGAAAGCUUGCCGACUGACCGGUCUUACCACGUCAUCCGACUUGCUUGCCUCCGCUUCCUCUCGGCAACCCUGGCGCCGCUCAUGGAAGGCACCUCGCCGUACGUGCUGUACCCUCGGCUUUUCCAGCAACUCUGCACGGUGCUGCACAAAACAGAAGAGAGCAUUGACAUUCGUCUUGAAGCGCUGCGGUGCAUUGGAGUCAUCGGUGCGCUGGACUCACACGUGUUCCAGUCCGUCAAUCUCAGCGAGGAGAAGGCGGAUGGGGUGAGCGCCGUUGUGGUGGACCGUGUGACCCACGUGAAGUGCUGCCGUAUUGUACUCCGCUCCGUGGCAGCGCUGCUGGACCCCGAGAGUAAGCGCUCCGCCGGAGCGCGGGAAGGACUGCUGCGCACCGGUGUGCAGACGAUGCUGAACAUUUUUGAGCACGUGCCGUGCUCCAAGAGUGAAAUUAGUCUGGUGAUUGGGCCCCUGGCCCGCGUCAUCCGUCAGCUGCCUGGCGGCCGCCUCUUUGCCACCGUGCUCUUCGAGUUCUGCAACAUCAUCCGCUACGCCGGUGUGAUGGUACUCAACGACGCGAGUGAGAUUUACAGCGUCUUUGACAGCGUCUGGGAGUUUCAGGUAAACUACCGGUUUCUGGCCGUGCGCAUGCUCUCGUUUGUCGCCAACUUCGAGGGCUCCGGCAAUCGGCACUAUGGCCAGCAGCAUUCACGCAUCCUGCCUCAACUCUUCGAUACGCUUAACCGUACUGAACUGCGCCCCGACCUCAAGUACGCCGUGCUUGAAUACAUUGUGCGCCACAUCGACGCACUGCAACCGUGCACGGAGGCGGUGGUGGAUAACCUCCUCGGCGCCAUCCAGAACCCAGAGAAUCCGCUCGACUUUGUGAACCACUGCGUUGUGGCUCUUAAGGAGGUCUGCCUCAAACUGUAUGUGGAUGAGCUUGUCGGCGCCAUCGUACGCUGCCUGCUGACAUGCCUCUCCGUCGACCUCGCGCGCAAGACACGUGGACGUGACAGCGUUGCGCUUUGUAACAACAUCAUGGGCGUAUUUUGCGUUUUGAUCGAGGAGAUGCAGGGCGAUUUCCUCAAGCACUCGACCUACAUCAUUCAAGCUUUGAAGAAUUACCGCAUCACCAACACUGAGUUUGGAGUAAUGAACAACCGCGUCGCCACCGGUCUCCGCUGUGCACGCAGCCCAGCCUCGAUCCAGCACCAAAACGCGGAGGUGGCAGCGCUGCUGAAGACGUGUGAAUCCGUCGUGAUGAAGAGCAUGUCUCGCGUGGGCGAGGUCUGGAGCUACGCGAACCUCAACGACGACAACGCCAAUUCCGUGCUGGCAGAGGACCGUACCAUGCCCAUCAACGAGCAGCGCCUCAUCAACCCCAUGAAGGUUGUGCCCCUCACAAAGGAAGAGUGGGUCAAGUGGGCAGACCAGUUCGCCAUCACGCUGCUGCAAGAGUCCCCGUUUCAGGUCUUCCGCUGCACGGCAGUACCUAUCGGCAUCAACGCAGCUCCGCUAGUGGAGAAAUCGACGCAGUUUGUUCAAGACACGCUGCAGAUCGCUUUCCGCUCCAUGUGGAAUUACGCAAGCUCGGCACUGCAAGCCGCUAUCACGGACUUUUUCCGGCAGUCGUUUCGUCAAGCGAUGAUGUCGACUGCUGUCCCGGGCGAAGUGGUGACGACGCUGCUUGGUAUUGUGGAGUACAUGGACCACGUUGGGGAAGCCUUGUUCAUCUCGUACAAUGACCUUUCCGAGUGCGCGUGGAACCGUGGGAUGUUGGCCAAGGCACUUUUCUGGCGCGAGGCUGCCUACCGCGACGAUCCCGUCGGCACUGUAGAGUCGCUCAUCUCCCUCUACAGUGAACUGCACAUGGUGGACUCCUCAGUUGGCAUCUUGAACAUGGCGAGCGAGGAGCAGCGACGCAGCCUGCUCCAGACGAGUCUGGUGAAGCUCGCUCGCUACACGGAGGCUCUCAAGCUGACGCAGAAGGAGCUAGACCUGGACGCUGCCUCGACGGAAGCGAAAAGCUCGGAGAACGUCUCCAAGGGCUACGGAUACAAAAAUGGCAACCGCGACUGGUCUCGCAUGCUGCACUACACCACCAACAGCGACCCCACAACAUCGUUCUCAAGGACGGAGGAAAGCGGCCACGACCACCGCGUUGAGGUCAACGCGCGACUGAUGUUGUGCCUGAGCGAGCUUGGCGAGUACGACAAGGUGCUGAAGCAGUGGGGUAUCAUGGUCGACAACUAUAAGGACCGCGUGGCAGAGUCAGACGAGAUGCACAUAUUUUUCUUUGUCUCGCAGUACGCCGCAGAUGCAUCGAUCCGGUUGCAGUCGUGGGACACGCUCGAGUACAUCCUGAACUGGUUACCGCCUGACAUGGUUCUCUACCACGUGUCGAAGGCAGCAUUACAAGUGGUGCGCGGCAACUACGACGACGCGCUCGUCUCCGUGACGAACGGACGCAAGGUUCUGCUGGAGGGGCUGACAAGCCUGCUGCACGAGUCGUAUGCGCGCGCCUACGAGGGGCUGGUGGUGGCGCAGCAGCUGACAGAGGUGGAAGAGGUCAUCGUUGCGAAGCAGACGCAGAAGGCGCUCAACUCCACCGCACACAUACCGCAUCUCUGCCACCUCUGGGAGCAGCGAAUUCGAACGAUGAAUGCGACAGUGCCGACAUGGAAGCAGGUGCUGGGAACCAGAGGGCUUCUCAUCUCCCCUCAUGAGGACGUGAAGACGCGCCUCCAGUUCACCAAGCUCUGUCGGCAGGAGAACGCCCGACAACUGGAGAAGUUCACGCUGGCCGAGCUCCUCGGCUUCGCAAACCCAACCCUGGAACAACUCACGAGCCGCAAUGCGAACCCGCGCGUGGUGAUGCAGUACAUCUCAUUCCUCUCCGACACCAACGCACUUGGCCCCGACAGCGCCUUUGGCACCGAGAGUGACCUCAUCAAGAAGAUGAUUGACGUGCACACCAAGGCGGAGAACUCAACUGUGUUGGCGCGGGCCUACACGCGCCUCGGCAGCAAGGUCGGCCUUAUCGAGUCCGUGGAGUGUUUCAAGACUGCCACCCUGUACGAUCCACAGUGGUUUCUGGCGUGGAGUAAGUGGGCUGAGGCGAACGCGCAGUUGCUCCACACGGACAAGGGCGAUAGAACGUGCCGCAACGCUAUCGAAGGGUUUAUCCGCAGCAUUCAGCUUGGGACGUCCGAUUCGACGCUCAUCCAAGACGUGCUGAAGCUCCUAACGCUCUGGUCGAACCACUGCGACUGUGACCACAACUUGAAGGAGCUGCGCGAGCGCGUCUUUGAUGUGCCGUCGCGCGUGUGGCAUCUUGUGGUACCGCAGCUGGUCGCCCGGCUCGACAUCGGCUCCGACGAUAGCUGCCGGCUUGUGGCGGAUGUCCUGACCAACGUGGGCUACGACUACCCGCACACCUUGGUGUACCCGCUGAAUCUGUGCACCAUGUCGGACUCGGAGCGACGUAAGAGGUACUCAAAUGAGGUGCUGAGUAAGCUGCAGGAGCGAUAUCCGGUGAUUGUGCUGCAAGGCCGUCUCAUGAUCGACGAACUCAUCCGUGUUUCAGCCCUCAUCUACGAGCAGUGGUACGACAAGCUGGAGGAAGCGGCGACUGCCUUCUUUGGCCGCCGCAGUAAGGAGGAAAUGGUGCGCACGCUACUUCCGAUUAAUGAGACUUUGACGAAGGUGCCAGAGACGGUGGUGGAGUCUGAGUUUUUGUCCAGGUACAGCAAGCGGCUGACCGAGGCGUGGGAGUGGCUGCGGUCGUACUCGUCAACGCGUAACACUGGCGACGUUCAAUCGGCAUGGAAGCUGUACCACAGCGUGUACGGCGAUAUUGACAAACAAAUCAAAGCGAGCGACACGCUACAGCUCCAGUUCUGCAGCCCAAAGCUGUUUGAAGCACGUAACCUCUCCAUCGGGAUCCCCGACGCGCGGCCAGUCCGCGAGGAGUCAGUAGCGAAGGUUCAUUGCUUUCAGAAGGACCUCAUUGUCAUUACAAGUAAGCAGCGGCCGAAGCGGAUCGGUAUCAUCACGGACGGGGGAAAGUCGCAGAAGUUCCUCCUCAAAGGGCGCGAGGAUCUUCGCUUGGACGAGCGCGUCAUGCAGCUCUUCUCGCUAGUCAACAUCCUCAUGCAAUCUGACUCGAGGACGAGCAAGAACUUAGGCUUCCAGAUCCAGCGCUACUCCGUUACGCCGUUGAAGGACAACGUCGGCAUCAUUGGCUGGGUCGACGGAUGCGACACAUUGCACGAGGUCGUGAAGCACUUUCGCGAGCGCAAAUUGAUCCCGGUGGAACUGGAGAUGCGCAUGCUGAACCAGAUCAUCACCUUUGACAACACCAAGGCGUACGACUACCUGACCAUCAUGUCGAAGGUAGAGGUCGUGGAGUUCCUCUCCGAUCACACCUCCGGGCAGGAUAUUCGCAAGUCCAUGUGGAACACGUCGCCGAACUGCGAGGUCUGGUACGAUCGCCGCCGCAUGUACACAACGUCCUUGGCAAACAUGAGCAUCGUGGGCUACAUCCUCGGUCUCGGUGACCGUCAUCCGAACAACAUUAUGCUGCAGCGCGCAUCGGGAUUGGUGGUGCACAUAGACUUUGGUGACUGCUUUGAGGUGGCCAUGACGCGCGACAAGUUCCCCGAGAAGGUACCUUUUCGAUUGACGCGCAUGCUGCGCAGCGCGCUCGACGUGUCGGGCGUCGACGGGGCGUUUCGGGCAUGCUCGGAGACUGUGAUGUGCGUGCUGCGCGAAGGCAGUCACAGUGUGCUGGCUCUCCUCGAGGCAUUCAUUCAAGACCCGCUCAUCUCGUGGCGCCUCAUCAACAGACAGGGACAGGAGCCUCAGUCAUCGAACGACCACAAGACCAUCGAGCAGCAGGUGAAUAUUGCCAACAUGAACAAAGCCACGUCGACGGCGGAAGAAGAGUCCAUCUGUGAGUCAAUCGAACAACGCAAUACCGGCUCCUUUAGCAUCGCAAAGCACUUGUUUGGGGAGGAGGUGGAUGUCGUGCAUCAAGGUGUGUUCCUCUUCAACCGCCUCAGCUCCAAGCUCAAAGGGCAGGAUUUCAUCGCGGCCGGCACGGAACCACUCGACCCGCGUACGCAGGUAGGGCAGCUUAUCGACGAAGCCACAGACGUCAUCAACGUGGCUCAGUCGUGGUCGGGAUGGUACCCGUUCUGGUAG